GUUCCUUGGCCCGGCGAUACGUACAAAAUCAUAGAAGAAAGCACCGGAGCUUCACUUGCCGUCCACUAUGCAAGCCUUCGGCUCCUUGAUUUUGGAAACGCUUGGGAACCAAAUCUCAGCUGGCUUUGUGUUGAGACCAAUGGCUACUUCGGAUUCUUCCAUCCCCGCAGCAAUCUCUAUCUAAGCGCCCACGGAACGGGGAUAAACCUAUCAAAGACCUUCGGGCCUGAUCAAUACUUCAUACCGAGAAAGCAUCCGAAGGGAGGAUAUCAAUUGUUGUCGCCAGAGGGUCCCAAUACUCUCAAGCAACUAGCGGUUCUUCUGCCCAAUCAAACACAAAUUGUAAGGAGGCAGCAUGCUGGGACAAUUUGGCGAUUUGUC